UCGAUUUCUCGAAAUUUCCUGCUUCGGGAUCCCUGCGGGGAUCAUCUGCAAGGAUCCACUUGGGCGUGCGGAGUCUAAACUACUUUGGGACUUUCCCAGCAGCCACCCUGCAGGGGCCGUCCGGUUGGGAUUCAAUUGCCGUUUCAAAUGCAAAACACAUAUUGUUCAGCCGAUGGAAUCAAGGAACAGAAGCAGGGCGUGCUAUUUUGUCAGCCUCUCGUGAUUGGCCAUCUGGCAACAAGUCAAUUGCUUCUUUCUCGAGUCCUUCUCUUAGGGUUGAUGGACUAAUAUCCCUGGCUGCAAUUCCAACUUUUCCCCGGAAGUAUUCUCCAGAAAAUCCACGAUUGUCGAACCUCGGCAAAUGAUUUGUAUAGCUUAGCUCCCAAUUCUUGAGGAAAUCUGCUUAUCAAGCAUCACCAAUCACCCCGAAACAGGCGGGUUGAAUUGUGUGCCAAAUUGACUCGGUCCGAAGUGGGUCGUCCUCAACAUCGUGCAGACUUUGGUUGGUCCCGACAGUGGAAUCCUUCAUGACGUAGAGACUUCAGGUGGGGGACUUGUUGUUCACUAAUCGGUUUCUUGUCUUAAAAGCCAAUGAAGUUCUCAAUUGCAUUUGUAAUCUCAAUUGCUUCUGCUUCGGUGCUGUUCAUUUGAGUUCCAGCUUCUUUCGGCUUUAUCAUAUAAGUGCUUCGCUCGAAGUCGAGGCAAAAAUACUUGUUUAUAUCCCAAUCCUGUUGUUCUACCUAAUCAAUCCACAACCAUCACCAUGUCUACCCAAAAGGCUGUCGUCAUCACCACCCCCAAGCACGCCGACCUCGUCACAGACCAUGCCAUCCCCGUCCUCCGCGAUGACUACAUCCUCGUUAAGACCGUCGCUGUGGCCCUGAACCCCACGGACUGGAAGCACGUCGCUUUCCUCGCUCCUCCCGGUCCCGUCGUCGGUUGCGACUACGCCGGUGUCGUCGAAGCCGUCGGCAAGGACGUCACCAAGCCCUUCAAGAAGGGUGACCGCGUCUCCGGCUUCGUUCACGGCUCCAACGCCGUCUACCACGAGGACGGCACCUUCGCCGAAUACAUCACCGCCAAGGGCGACCUGCAGAUGAAGAUCCCGGACAACCUGAGCUUCGAGGAGGCCUCCACCCUCGGCGUCGGAAUCAGCACCGUCGGUCAGGGUCUGUACCAGAGCUUGAAGCUCGCGUGGCCCACGCAGCCCACGACCGAGAAGACCCCCGUGCUCAUCUACGGCGGUUCCAGCGCCACCGGCACCCUUGCGAUCCAGUUCGCUAAGCUCUCCGGCUACACCGUCCUGACGACGUGCUCGCCGCACAAUUUCGACCUGGUGAAGAGCCUCGGCGCGGACGCCGUCUUUGACUACAAUGACCCCAACGUCGCCGCCGAGAUCCGCAAGUACACGAACAACAACCUCAAAUACGUCUUCGAUACCAUCUCCGUCGAGUCGAGCGCCAAAUUCUGUGACGAGGCCCUCUCCACCGAGGGAGGCGAGUACUCGGCCCUUCUGGUGGUGAAGAUCGAGCGUGAAAACGUCAACGACCGCUGGACGCUGGGCUACACCAUCCUCGGCGAGGCGUUCAAGUUCGGCGAUAUUCCGUUCCCCGCGAAGCCGGAGGAUAUGGAGUUCGCCAAGAAGUUCUGGGCUACGGCUGAGCAGCUGUUGGCGCAGGGCAAGGUCAAGCCGCACCCUCUUAAGGUGAACCCUGGUGGGCUGCGGGGUGUUUUGGAUGGUAUGAAGGCGAUGCAGGAGGGUAAGGUCAGCGGGGAGAAGCUGGUGUAUCGUGUUGCGGAGACUGCUUGAAGUCUUGAAAGUUUUUGGGUUUUUUUUCUUAGAUUGUUUACGAUUUUGAUGUAUAAUUUGGAAUCAUUCAAGCCCUUGUAAUCUUUAGCAAAAUUGUACGAGUUCAAUUGUGCCGUGAGGAUAUGCGAAAACACUGUUUAUACCCCCAGA